UGAACCCUGGGCUGCUGAAGCGGAGCGCACUACCUACUGUGCUACCAGGCCAGCCCCCUGUUGUUUUUAAUAUAAAGUUUACUAAGCACUCUUAGUGUGCUCUUUCCACAAGCUAUCUUAUUUAUUUUGCAAGGAAGGCAGAAAGCGUCAUCGGAGGAGACAGUUCAUUCUGCCUAAGGGACGGGGGUGGUGACAGGCUGUACAGAGGAGGGGAUAUUUAACCUGGGCUUCAGAGCUCAAGUGCUGUUUACCCUGCAGAGAUGUGAAAGCAUGAAAAUAAAUACUAUAUCAAGAGUAUAGUGAACAGCCUGUCAGGGCAGCUGCUAACCUCUUGCAAAGUCAGGGAAACUUUGUGCCUAUUAGAAAACAUACCUCUGUGGAGUGGACACAGUCUGGGCCCAGGUUUGUGAGCCCUACCUGAGCUCCCACUGGUCCCCUUGGCUGGGCACGUUGAACAGUGCACAACCUGCAAGACCAUAGGGGAUGUUUCCAGGGUUUAGAUCAGCAGUGGGCAUGAGUAGAAAUAGGUGCUUUAUCUGGAUGAGAAUGGGAGCAUUACUGGUUUGAGGCAGAGGAAUGACUUGAUGAGGUAUAUGUAUUUUAGAAAGAGCUCUCUGGUGGCAGGCUGGAAGGUGGGGGAGGAAAGGAGGGGUUGAAAGCACUUAGUAGGCUAGACACAAUAAUGAGGGCCUGGGCCAUGGCAAUAGCAAUGAGAAUAGAGAAAAAGGAACAGAUCUGCGAGACACUGAACAGGUAGAAUAGACAGGACCAGGUGACCCAGUGUGGCAACUGAACGAGAAGAGCACGUCAAAGAAGAUCCUGAGGAAGUCUGGCAGGUCGUGCUGUUGUUUCUAGAGAGUGCCGUACUGGGGAAGGAGUAGAUUGCGGGGAAGAAGAUCAGCUUGGUUUGGGGCAUAUUGAAUUGGCUUUGUUUGCAAGAUUUCCAGAUAGGACUGUCUGGGAGGCAGCUCAGGAUGGGGAUCAGGAGUCUUCAGCCUUGAAAUGAGAGUUAAAAUCUUGCAAGUGAUUAAAGACAGUUCUGGGGAAGAUGUAACGAGAGAAAAGAAAUACUCAAGAACAGAACUCCAGGGCCCACUCAUACUUAAAAAGAGAAAGGCCAGUGAAUUAUACUAUUAGCUGACAUUUAUACAGCACUUGCCACAAGCCAGGUGCUGUUGUAAGAACUUUAUACACAAACUUACUUAAUGCUCACAAUAUCCUUGUGUACAAUUACUAUCCCUACUACGGAACGGGAAAGAGGCACAGAAAUACUGAGUAAUUUACCAAGGUCACCCAACGAGUAAGUCGUAAAGCCACGCUAAUGAACCCAGGCGAGAGUCUGCACCUAAACAGACUGUGAAUGGAAGCUGGAAAGAAACAGGAUGGAGGAAAGCAGGAGAGGAAGGGGUCCCUGGAUUCAGGGACAAGAUAGUUUCUGGAAGCGGACAGGAGCAUCUGCUGCCUGAGAAGAAGCCAUGGAAAAUGGAAACUGGGGGAAGCGUCUCUGGUUACUCUGCAGGAGUGAUCUCAGCGGUCAUCGCUGGCAGCUGCUGCUCACAGUGUGUUGUGGGAUAGUGGGAGCUGGGGACCAGAGUGGGGGUCCGGAGGCUUCCUUUCAGGAAGUUUGACCUUGAAGAGGAGGAAAAGGAGUGGCAGAUUGAGGGGGUGGCAAGGACCAGGGGCAGCCACCGCUUUCUCCAGGGCAAGGGCUUGGUGAUAUUUUCUGCUUCUUUGAUGUUUCUGAGAGAAACUGAAGGUCCCCUCUAGCGCAGAGCUCAGAGGCAUCUAGGGAAGCCCUACUUUCAGCUGAAUUUGAGUGUUACUUUUAUGCCAGUUGUUUGGGCAAACUUCACAACAGAGAGAGUUGGGAGCCUCACCAGCAGGUGCCCAGGGUUUAAAAAUUCCGUCGUAUGUCUUUUGACCUGCAGUGCUUUGAUGGCAGAUAAGGACCUGGUAUUUAUUCCCUAUUGCUGUAUAACAGUUUACCAUAAAUUUAUCAGCUUAAAACAACCUGUUUAUUAUUUCCCAGUUCCAGAUGUCAGAAGACCAGGCAGGCUCAGCUGAGUUCUGUGCUUAGGGUCUUCCAAGGGCAAAGUGAAGGUGUUAGAGCUGAGCUCUCAUCUGAAGGCUCUGGGGAGGAACCCACUGACAAGCUCACUGAGGAAUCUUCCGCAGAAAUACAGCUCCCAGCUAGAGUGAGGCCUGAAUACCGCCUUGGCCCACGAUGGCCAGAGAAUCGAAGGAAAGCGCAGCCCUGGACGCCCAAUCUGCAGAGGACCAGAUGGGGCUUCUGGUCAUAAAGGUGGAGGAGGAAGACGCCUCUGCCUUUGCGGAGGAGGCCAGAGUGAGGAGCAGCCUGGUUCAGGGCUCGGAGCACUCCCGCCAGCGCUUCCGGGGCUUCCGCUACCCCGAGGCUGAGGGGCCCCGCGAGGCGCUGAGCCGGCUCCGGGAGCUCUGCCGACUGUGGCUGCGGCCCGAGAUGCACAGCAAGGAGCAGAUCCUGGAGCUGCUGGUGCUGGAGCAGUUCCUGACCAUCCUGCCGGGGGACCUCCAGACCUGGGUGCGGGAGCAGCAUCCCGAGAGCGGGGAGGAGGUGGUGGUGCUGUUGGAGUAUUUGGAGAGGCAGCUGGAUGAGCCGAUGUCGCAGGUCCCAGGUGGUGACCAGGGGCAAGAACUGCUCUGUUGCGAGAUGGCACUGUUGGCACCAUCCCAGGGGUCACAAAGUAGCCAAUUCCAGCCAAUGAAAGCUCUGCUCAAGCAUGAAUCUCUGGGAUCCCAGCCCUUACCAGACAGAGCUCUCCAGGUUCCUGGGCUUGCCGCGGGAGGGCGCUGCAGAGAAAACACGGUGGGAGCUGCCAGGCUCUCCCCAGAGCCCCAGGGGCUGCUGAAAAUGGAAGAUGUGGCCCUGACCCUCACUCCUGGGUGGACCCAGCUGGAUUCACCUCAGGUGAACUUCUUCAGAGAUGAAAGGCAGAACUGUGGCGGCCUGAUCUCCCUGGGUGGUGAAACACAGACUAAGAUCAGGGACUUGCCUCCACAAGAGGAACAUCCAGAACAGGAGCCUGGGGAAAUACCGUGCCACCUGGGUGAAGCCCUUGGCCAGAUUUCUACAUGUGAAGCAGCUGGUGAACAGGAGGGCAGGUUACAAAGAAAGCAGAAAAAUGCCGCUGGGAGGAGACGGCACAUUUGUCAUGAAUGUGGAAAGAGUUUUGCUCAGAGUUCAGGCCUGAGUAAGCACAGGAGAAUCCACACUGGGGAGAAACCCUAUGAAUGUGAGGAGUGUGGCAAAGCCUUCAUCGGGAGCUCUGCCCUUGUCAUUCAUCAGAGGGUCCACACUGGUGAGAAGCCAUAUGAGUGUGAAGAAUGUGGCAAGGCCUUCAGUCACAGCUCAGACCUUAUCAAACACCAGAGAACUCACACUGGGGAGAAGCCCUACGAGUGUGAUGACUGUGGGAAGACUUUCAGCCAGAGCUGCAGCCUCCUUGAACACCACAGAAUCCACACCGGGGAGAAGCCGUACCAGUGCAACAUGUGCGGCAAGGCCUUUAGGCGGAAUUCACAUCUCCUGAGACACCAGAGGAUCCAUGGGGAUAAAAACGUUCAGGAUCCUGACCAUGGAGAGAGCUGGGAGAGUCAGGCUAGGAUGGAAAGCCAGGAGGGACAUAUUGAGGCUCCCGUGUCUUAUAAAUGUAAUGAGUGUGAGAGAAGUUUUACUCAGAAUACAGGCCUUAUGGAACAUCAAAAAAUCCACACUGGUGAGAAACCCUUUCAGUGUGAUGCAUGUGGAAAAGGCUUCACCCGAACUUCGUACCUUGUUCAACAUCAGAGAAGUCACAUUGGGAAAAAAAUUCUGUCACAAUGACUCAUUGUCUUAACAUGCCAAAGUUGGUGCUCGUUCCUACUGCACUGAAGCCACCCUGGAGCCCUUCUGACUGCAGAAAUUGUGGGCUGGGGCUUAAUUUACCACUGCACGUCAUCGGGUAUUUGUUAGAAAAGAUAGAGUCUGGCUGAGAGGAAGUAUCUUCUAUUCUAGAAGGUGACUGAAAAAACUAUAUUUGAUAGGAGGCUAUGGGAGAAUUGUCUGGAAGACAUAGGACCUGAAAUGGUUUGUUCUCACCUAUUGGACUUAAAAGGGCUUCCAGCCUGGCUCCUCACCCUCAGCCAGCACAUUUUGAUGUUUCCUGGGUGGAAGGCUGUGAUUUGGGGACUGCUGCUCUGACUGUUCGUUUUGCUAUAAUGAAUCCUCCAUGGUUGGUCAGAUUCGUGAAGUCUUACGCUCCCCACUGUGCCUUGUACACAGGUGCUAAUAAACAUUUAUUAAAUGUACCAGUGAGAUUACCUGUAUAAUUCUGAAAGUCUGAUGUCGUCUAGAUUUCUGAGGAAUUUCUCACCAAAACCAUUUGUGCUUGUGUCUAAUUCUGAGGAUCUAGAUUCUGAGUUCAUCUAGUGCAUUUUUGCCCAGCACAUAGGAUUGGCAGAGAAGGGUUGAGGGUUGGGUUACUGUGAUGGAGAGAAUCCAGAUUUCUUUACCAGACUAGGAAUUCUAGUGUGAAUGCCUUAAACAGCUUCUUUAUCAUUAAAUCGUUGUGAAUAUGUGCCAAUCAUGAAAUUCCAUUGUUUUGUUACUGUUUCCCUGAUAUUAAUUUUGUCACUCUUUAGGGAGAAAAUGUUCCUAUUCAGGCAGCGUGAAAAUCAGUUACCAAGUCAGAAUAAAAUAAUAAAGUCUCUAAUGCUCAG